CUCUCUCUCUCUCCUCUAUUUGAGUUUGACCCGUUGCCACCUACCGGCAGCUCUUUCCUCUCCUCUUCCACUGGAGACCCCACCAUCUAGCCUGCAAUCUCUCUAGAAGACGAUCUGUAAACGUAACUUGAGACUUUCUCUCUUUUAGACCCUCUUUCAGACAAAGCUUAAAUAACCUCUUCUCUUCUCAUUUCUCUUUUUUCCAUCUCCUAAAACCCACAAUUCACACAGCAACUGAGGAGAACAAACCUCUCUCUCUCUCUCUCUCUUCGUAUAUAAAACUUUCUCUCUCUGUCUGUUUCUAUUCUGCAGUGAAGAUCGGUGAGUAUAGUGUAUCUAUACAUACACGCUCAGUCUGGUUCUUUUUCUAUAGAAACUUUUUGUACAAGAGAAAGACAAGGAAAAGAUUAAAAAAGGCCAUUGUUGAUCAGAGCUUUUACAAUAUCUAUGGGUACUUUUUGAAAGCUGUUUUGGAAGAUUUCUUUCUCUCUCUCAAUUUACUUUAUGGGUUGGGUUCUUCUUCAGUUCUUCUUCUUCUGUGGUGGUGAUAUAUCAUAAUCUGUGCUCUCUCUCAGAUUCUCUUCUUUUUUUGGAACUACAACCAUCUCUCAGCAGGUUUGGCCUUUUUUUUUUUAUUUUUAUAUUUAAUAUUUCAUCUUUCAUUUCACUUGUUUGGUAGCAAAUGGAUUCUGGAAACAGUGGGAGUAUGCAAUCUUCAAGUGGUGGAGAUGAAGAGUAUGAUUCACGGACCGAGUCAAUCUCUCCUUUCUUGAACCACAGUUUUGGCUCCAUCUCCAACCACCCACAGCCGCCUCCUUCACAACCACCACCACCUCUCUUCCACCACCAACAAUCCACUUUGUUUGACUCUCAAGCACACAAUCUCGGACCUUUUUCACAUUCAUCUCCAAACCCAAACCCAAACCCAAACAAUCUCUACAACAAUAAUCUCGAUUUCGUGUGGCCCAGAUCAGGACUAAGAUCUGAAUCCAAUUACGCCGAACUUGGAAAUCUCUUAUCAUCAUCUUCAUCAUCAUCACUAUCAUCAUCAAGCCAAUCUCUGUUAGGCCUUCAUCAAGGCCCCACAACUCAGGUCCAAUUUCCAAGCUCAUCAUCAUCCAUGCCAUUACCAUCAUCACUUGAUCAUCAUGGUAAUGGUGGUGGUGGUGGAGGAAGAGGAGGAGGAGGAAUAGGAGUAGCUACAACAACACCAAGGUCUGAUCAAACAAACCAAGGCAUCAAAAGCUCAAGGAAGCGAACCAGAGCUUCACGCCGAGCACCCACCACCGUCCUCACCACCGACACAUCGAAUUUCCGGCAAAUGGUUCAAGAGUUCACCGGAAUCCCAGCUCCACCGUUCUCCGCCACCUCCCCGUAUUCUCGCCGGUUCGAUCUCUUCGGCGGCGGAGGUGGCUCCGCCAUGAGCCUUUACCCUUUCCGACCUUCAGCCCAAAAGGUUGUUCCACAAUCACCUUUUGUGCCCUCUUCUUCUUCAUCACCAUCGUUUUUGAACUCUACCAUGAAUAUUGAUCCAACUAGUAAUCUUGCUAAUAGUACUGCUAACAAUAACAUUACAUCUUCCAUUGCUGGUCCUUCAAGUAGCUACCAACAACAACAACAACUACCUCAGCAGGGUCAGAAUCAAACUAUGCUGAACAUGCAAAACCCAAUUCUCACAUUCCAAUCUCUCCUUCAAUCUCCGGCUUUCGGGUCCAAAUCCGAAGCAAGAUCGGCGAUUCCUUCUCUUGAUGAAUUGGGUAUGAGUCAUCAUGAACAUGUGAGUGCAAAUCUUGGUGGGUUUCAAAGCCAUGGAAGCAACAACAAUCAUCUCUCUAGAUGGAGAGGUGAAGAGGCAUCUACUGACGUGGGUCAUCAAGAACACUUGGGCUCUUUCGAUGGCAACGAUGGCGGUGGCGGUGGCGGUGACUCUCAAAAUGUUAGUAACUACAAGCUGAACUGCUUGGCUCCUUCAUCGGAUUUUCACCCUGAGACCUGAGAAGGAUUUGGAAAAUGUUUUCGUGUUUUGAAAUUUUAUCAUGCGAUUGAGAGUGCAUUGCUGAUAGAGGCAAACACGACACGACAGGACACGAGAUUCAUAAUGAGGAAAGAUGGAGCAUGGAAGAGAACUUUGAGGCAACAAUGAGGAGGAUUAUGGUGGUGAGGAUUGAUCAGAGGAUAGAAGUAUGGUCUUGAUUAAUAAACCCGAAUUGUCACUUUUCAGUUAAGAUUCGGCAUGUUAUUAUUGUUAUGUUACUUGUAAAUAUAUAGAAUAUUUUCUUUUUUUUGUAAUCUUUGAUUAAACAUAUCCAUAUAUAGAAGGAUUACAGAAUUUUGAUUCUA